AUGGGUGGACAAGUGGAUAAGACAAUCAACAGAGGGAGGGGUCCAUAUGUCUUCAGAAUUAAUGGUCAGAAUCACCAUAAGAUUGGAUCUUUGCUACCACCAGAUGGAGCACACCCAAGAUUCACCCAACUUUAUGUUUAUGACACCCAUAAUGAAGUUGAGAACAGAAUCAACUCACUCACAAACAAUGCAAAAAGUGAUCUUGAUCCCGAAAUAGUAGACGGCCUUGCAAAAAUAUUAAAUCAACACAAUGAACUUGCAAAAGUCUUCAGAAUGGCCAGGGAACGCUUUUCCAAUGUUGAAAUGCAACCUGUUCGGGUUCGUCUAAUUGGUACGCGAUCUAAGGAUGGCAGACAAUAUAAUUUACCGUCCACUAAUGAACUUGCAGCCUUGAUUGUAGGCAACGGUGAGAAUGAAGGAGGCCAAAGAGAUGUGAUUAUAGAAGAGAAGGGUUAUGGGCUUCGAAGGAUGUCUGAAAAUCAUCCAAGUUUCAUGGCACUCCAAUAUCCCUUGCUAUUUCCAUAUGGGGAAGACGGAUACAGAAUAGAUAUUCCACACGUGAUGCGGAGUCCACAACUCGGAAAAAAAACCCUCUGUGACCAUGAGAGAGUAUUAUGCGUUCAGAUUAAUGGAAAGAUUAAAUAA